GUCACACAGGGCAGGAGAAGGCUGCCUGCCUGAGAUAAGAAUGCCUGAUAACUCCCUGACCCAUCAGUUCAUACACUGGGCCAUCUGAGGAGGGAAAUGAAAUCGGAAUCAAAGUGACUGGGAGUGGGAAGCCUGGCAUCCUACCACCUCCCAAGAGUUUGCAGUUCUCUGGGGAUAUUACUUGAAGCUCUGACACCGAGGCAAGAGGCUCGGUCUACAAAUACCAUCUGGGUGGCUGGUGUGAGUUCAGAGGGUACUGGGGGGGUUUAGCCCCCAAGGAAGAGGACCAACCUUCCUCCAGUGCUACCGUCAAGACUGAAUUAACAGGGAAUCCCAAACGAUGACAGAAAAGAAGGUGCUGGAGUCCCCUAAGCCCUCCCCAGCAGAGACUCGGCAAAGUGGGCUCCAGCGGCUGAAGCAGUUAUUCAGAAAGGAGUCUACCGAGACCAAGGAGAUGGAGCUUCCCCCAGAGCCCCAGGCUAAUGGGGAGGCCGUGGGAGCUGGGGGUGGGCCCAUCUACUACAUCUAUGAGGAAGAGGAGGAAGAAGAGGAGGAGGAGGAGGAGCCACCCCCAGAACCUCCUAAGCUUGUCAAUGAUAAGCCCCACAAAUUCAAAGAUCAUUUCUUCAAGAAGCCCAAAUUCUGUGAUGUCUGUGCCCGGAUGAUUGUGCUCAACAACAAAUUUGGGCUUCGCUGCAAGAACUGCAAAACCAACAUCCACGAACACUGUCAGUCCUAUGUGGAGAUGCAGAGAUGCUUCGGCAAGAUUCCCCCUGGUUUUCAUCGGGCCUACAGCUCCCCACUCUACAGCAACCAGCAGUACGCUAGUGUCUCUUCUGCAAAUCGUAAUGACCCUGUGUUUGAAACACUGCGCACUGGGGUGAUCAUGGCAAACAAAGAACGGAAGAAAGGACAGGCAGAUAAGAAAAAUCCUCUAGCAGCCAUGAUGGAAGAGGAGCCAGAGUCGGCCAGACCAGAGGGAGGCAAAGCCCAGAACGGAAACCCUGAAGGGGAUAAGAAGGCUGAAAAGAAGACACCUGAUGACAAACACAAGCAGCCUGGCUUCCAGCAGUCUCAUUACUUUGUGGCUCUCUACCGGUUCAAAGCCCUGGAGAAAGACGACCUGGAUUUCCCGCCUGGAGAGAAGAUCACAGUCAUUGAUGACUCCAAUGAGGAGUGGUGGCGGGGGAAAAUAGGGGAAAAAGUCGGAUUUUUCCCUCCAAACUUCAUCAUUCGGGUCCGGUCUGGAGAACGUGUUCACCGGGUAACAAGAUCCUUCGUGGGGAAUCGCGAAAUAGGACAGAUCACCCUCAAGAAGGACCAGAUCGUGGUGCAGAAAGGAGAUGAAGCUGGCGGCUACGUCAAGGUCUACACUGGCCGCAAGGUGGGGCUGUUCCCCACCGACUUCCUGGAGGAGAUUUAGGUGUGCGGGCAGGCGCCUGCCGGGGAGAGACCCGGGCCGGGAUCUGGGCAGGCCCAGUGGGAGCUGGAGAAGAAAUGGAGCGAAAGCAACUACACUGAGCAAGGGAGGAGCGGGAAGGCCCGCCGUAGCGAGACGGGGCUCCUGGGAAGGAGGGGCUCCCGCCCUCCUCCCUCGGCUCUGCCCUCAGACACUGGUGCCUAGAACAGCCUUUGAGAGCUGGAAAAAGAGUGCGUUUCCACUAGGAGACGCCCUGGGGUGCGGGGGGGUGGGGGGGUGCGGGGGGGGUGGGAGGCGAACUGUUGAAUGUUGUGAAUUCAUUAAAGUUUUGACAAAAGUUA